CAAGAUCUGGUGAAUAACCUCACCAUCCAAUAUCACGAAUAGAUCACGGGCUGCUCUUCCCCCCUCCCCACUCCAGCACACAGAGACACGCACAUCACAUCACAUUCCUAUGGACAGACACGUGUGCAGGAGGAAAGCAGCUGAGUGAACACCAUGGAGGACUGCCUUCAUACUUCUUCUGAAAAUCUUUCCAAACUGGUCAGCUGGGCCCACAGUCAUGGGACGAUUUGCAGCCUCAUUCCAAACCUCAAACACCUCCUUUCAGAGGGUUCCCACGGCAACUUGACAGCCAUGUGGGGCUGUAGUGCAGGCCAUGCCUACCACUGGCCACUGACAGCAACUUGUAGGACAGGCCCUCAGGAAAGAGUCUGUUUUCAAGACAAUAGGAGCUUCAACUCAGACAGUCCUAGCAUUAUAGGUGUUUCCUCAGACACACAGACAAGCCCAGUGGAACGAUACUCUGGGAGGCCAGGGAAAGCAAAACUAGACUGCAACCGAACCAGAGAUUCCUGCGAUUUCUCCUACUGCAGUGAGCCUUCAGAACUGGAUGAAGCUGUAGAGGAAUACGAAGAUGAAGCAACUCUUUUUGACAUGGUCUGUGAGUCCUCAGUGACUGAUGAAGAUAGUGAUUUUGAACCUCAUCCUCAAAGAUCUCAAACCAAUUCUCGCAAAAGACCAGGCCCAGGUCUCUCUUCUUCACUACAUCCAGGGUCCCGUUCUCAGAGCCUUGAUGGAAGCAGCAAUGAAGUGUUAGUCAAAAAAAUCAAGCAAGAACUGCCGGAGGAUUAUUACAUCGUGGCUAAUGCAGAAAUCACAGGUGGCAUUGAUGGACCUGCCUUAUCCUUGACCCAGAUGUCCAAACCAAAAGCUCAUCCCGGAGCCCCCUACUCUGUGGCACUGAAGCCCAGUCCUCAUGCUUCCCCUUCACUCAGCACGGAACGGGAUUUACAAAACGUGCCCGUCUCUUCCCCAGUCCUAUCAAGGCCAGUUGCUCAGAAGCCUUCCAAAGGGAACCUGGCUUCCCCAAGCAGAGGGCCUGGGAGCACCCCAGCUGCCAAUCCUCAGGCAGCCCUCCAGAUGCCCGCCAGCACCUCCACUGCUGGGAAGCCUAUCAGCAUCCCUUUAUCAGCCUUGCAGCUCCCCGGGCAAGACGAGCAGGCAGCCUCGGAAGACGUUCUCCAGCCUGUGCCAAAUCAAAUUCCCAGUGAGGUAGCCUUGUCUCCUUCGGUUAGUACGGAGCCUGAAGUUAGCUCAAGCCAGCAGCAGCCGAGUGCUGCUCCUGCCAUGACCACUGAGCCGUCUGCACAGACAGUACCAGACCAAGAUGAGAGAGCUGCAGAAUUAAGCAGAGACCAAAAUGAAAAAACCAUACGCAGUACCCAGACAGCACUCCGUAAUUUCAGGGAGUUUCUUAUCUCUAAAUAUCCCUCGGAAACCAGGGAGAUCUAUAUAAUUCCUUGCAAAGAGCUGGAUGCUUACUUAGCGUCAUUCUUUGUUGAUGCCCGGCAGAAGGACGGCUCGGAAUAUGAGCCAAAUAGUUUAGCCAACUACCAAUGUGGUUUAGAACGGUACCUCAAGGAGCACAGAUACGGAUACAGUAUUACUAGGGACAAGGAAUUCAAGCGGUCUCAAGAAGCACUGAAGCAAAAGCAGAUGGAAUUGAGGUGCAAAGGGAAGGGCAACAAGCCACACAAAUCAAUGAAGCUUACCUUCGCAGAUGAGCUUAUCCUACGCAAAAGAGGUCUGCUGAGCCGAUAUAAUCCCGAGGGACUGCUAAACCUGGUCUGGCUUAAUAAUACCAAGGCAUUCGGCCAUUGCACAGGCUUUCACGGGUCUACCCUCAAAUGGGGGGACAUCCGGCUUCGGGUGACAGAGACUGGUUUGGAAUAUUUGGAAUGGAUGGGUCAAGAUAGCACUGACGGAAAUAUCAAAACCAAGAGAGCAGGCACAGACUCAAGAGUGUAUGCGACACAGCAUGCUCCGCAGACCUGCCCUGUGCAGGACUACAAGGAGUAUGCACAACGGCGCCCCCCUGCAAUGAGGUAUGAGGAUGCCCCUUUCUACUUGUCCAUCAAACCGGUGGUUAAUCUGGCUGCACUUCAUUGGUACAAUUGUCAAGCUCUGGGUAAGAACAAGUUGGCUAAGAUGGUCAAGACUAUGUGUGAGAAGGGGAACAUCCCGGGCAGAAAAACCAACUUCAGCGUAUACCAGAGUUGCAGCACGCUCUCUGAAGCUCAAAGUAACCAACUGGUAUUGAUCUGCAACAAUUUAAGCCAACAGGCUGCUCAGUCAAUGGCGAGCCAUUCCAGUUCUGGCAACUUCAUAGUAUCUGCGUCUUAUGACUCUUCAUCAGAUACUGCUUGAAAAAUCUCUACUAUAGUUGGGAACAUUCUGGACUUGAGCCGAACAGCAUGCAUAUGCAUCAACUGUGACACUAAAAUACCUUCCUGACUCAUCUC